ACAGUCGACAUUUUACCACUUGACGCAGAGGGAAGAAGCUGCUUGUUGUUUUUAAUCUAGUUUAGAUUUGUUUUAGCUCCUUUUUGUAAAAAAAAUCAUUUAUAAUGUCCAUAUCUGUAAAAUUAAGUUUUUUUUUUUUCCUGUUAUAUUCAGGUACAUCAGCCAAAUUUGAUUUCAGUACUCCACAAUCAGUGGUAACCACGCAUGUUCACAACAAAGUUUUUCUGCCUUGUUACUUUACUGUGGCAAAGAAGGAAAAUAAUCUGACGUUUGUUAUUGUGACCUGGAAGCACAGAAAUGUGAAACUGGCAGAAUACAAGGAAGGGGAAGUGAAAACCACCAUCAACAGGGCAGAACUUUUGAAAAGUGAGCUGCACGAAGGAAAUGCUUCACUCAUCCUCACAGAUGUUACUAUGGCAGACGAAGGGGUAUAUGAGUGUGAGGUGGCAGAGGCUCCAAGUGAGGGGAAGGGUAAAAUACAGCUUAAUGUUAUAGUACCUCCUAAAGUUUUCUUGAAGCACCGUCUGCUGCUUAUAAAUCAGACAAGUACAUUGGAGUGCCGAGCAGAAGAUUUCUACCCUAGCAACAUAUCUAUUGUGUGGAUGAGAGGCUCUAAUCCUCUUCCUGCUCAGAAACCACCACAAAUUUACAACCAUCCAAAUGGUACCUUCAGCGCAGUGAGCGAGUACACCUACACCCCUACUAGUGAGGACAUUGACGUGCCCUUUUACUGCCAGGUGAAGUUUGCACUAGAAGAGCUGAUGAAUGAAACUUUCAAGGUCUGCAAUCCAGUUUUUGAAUGGUCACCCAGAACUCCACAUGGGAACACAGGGAUGAAUGUCACUUGUAAGCUUUAUGGCUGUCAAUUUUCUAAAGUCCGUAUUAGCGUGAAUAAAGACGGCAAACAUAUGGGAGAAAAGUACUGCAUGGACGUAGAAGAGUGUGUGACUAAAGUGGAAAUCCUGCCCUCCACAGCAAAGGUCAAGGAAGUAAACUUUUCAUGUGAGGCUAAAGUGGAUGACUUUCAGACAAUUGUGAUCAACUUCACACCUGUAUUUCAAGAUGAACCCAGUUGUUGGAAUGAAAUUGUCUGGAUUUGUUUGUCUUUGUUGCUGCUGGCAUGUGCUAUAUGUUUGGGAAUAUGCAUAAAAAGGAAAUGUGGACGGCAGAUAUUGAAGGUCACAGAAUUAUUACCAGGUUGCAAGGACAACUCCACAGUGACUGGAAUUCACUCCGAAGAUCAUACACACCUGUCUUCCCCCUUGAAGAAGGAGGAUAGAAAAGUGGAGCAAAGUGUCAGUUUCACCAGGUGCUCUUCUGGAGAAAAUGCCAUUCAAGAUGAAAUAUGUGAACUGAUUAAUAUUCAGGAGGUUGACUCUGAGCAAUUUGUGCCCAGUGAGGAACAUGGAUACAUGACUGUUUAGGGCUGUGUAAUCAUUAUGUGUAACCCAUUAGGACACAGGAGCCAGAAACUUUCUAGCAGGAGAGUCACUGUCAGAUAUCAGUUUUAAGAAAUUUCUCUCUCACAGCAGCAACCUCAAAGUGGCCUUCCUGCUCAACCAUUAAGUGCUACUGGUUAUAGGGUGACUGUGCCACUGACACUCUUAGUGUCCUUGCUGUGUCAAUCCAAAGCCCCUAAUUGUGCAAUAUUUUUUUUUUGUAAAUGUCUAAAAUCAAUAUGUCCUUCAUGCAAAUGUCGUCUUUAAAUCUACCUGUUACAUUUCAAGCAUAAGGCCAAGCUGGACCCUUUAGAUAAACUGCAAGAAUUAGCAAAAACCAAGAAGACCAAUGUUUCAGUUAAUUUCAGUUGAAUUCAGAUUACUUUUAUACAGUAUUCUUUAGUGAGUGCAAGAUCAGAGUACUUUAAAAAGUAACUGGGUAAAAUGCACAGUUUUGUUUGCCCACAUGUUGGUACUGUCUUGCACACUCCCUGAAUUUAAUGUGGCUUAACGCGGACAGGAAAAUUAGAAAAAAUAACAUGUUAUAUAAAUAUGCCACAAUCUCAACUUAGACUAUGUUUGAUUCUAUAGUCAGAGAAACAAAAGAUUGUUAAAAGUGCCUUUUGAUAAAGAUCUUGCUUUGCACUAAAGGGCCUUUCACAUUAUCCAACAUUUCCAGCAAUUUUCAGUCAUAGACCUCAUUUGCAGAAUCUAAGUGAGUUGGAGGAAGUUUGUGGUGCCCUCCCGUGGCUACAAGUUGCAUAGUCUUGACAUCCCCAAUUCAACCAGUCUGUGACUUGCCCUCAUAAAAUUAAACCAGCUUGAUUUUGACUUAAGUCAUAAGGGUAGGCUCUGUGUGCAUGAAUGCUGACAGCCAGUGAGCACUCCCCCAACAUUGCAAUGUAUAUAAAUGCAGCAACAAGUAAUAAGGAGUGUGGAUGUUUUGAACCUCUCAAACACGAGAGGCUUGUCUGUCUGAUAAUCACAUGUUUUAAAUACCAUGACUGCAUGGUCACAACCUGUACCUAUAAACCAUGUGUACAGCACCUGCUCUGUCAGGCAGUAUUUUAUUGACUGUCAGAAAAAUGGGCAAACACAUGAUUCUUAUGAAGUACGAAAACGUGCUUAAAAGUAGUCAUGCAGUCUCUAAAUUGACAUGUCCCAGAGAUUAAAUUAACAACUGUAGUUGUGAAGUUUGUCUUCUCCAAUCAGGUGUUUUGUACUUUGUCAUCAGCAUCACAGCUAAAAUUAUGUAGAAGACAAUAAUUGUCACUCCUCAGGUUACAAGUCUAAAUGGCUUGUCAUAAUAAGUAACAUGUAUUAAUUGUCAGGACCAUACAUUGACCCAGAUUGAGUAAAUGUGGACAGCAUCCUGCUUCCACCCUAUGCUAUCAGGAUAGGUUUCAUUAAAAGUGUAUUAAGGGGGCUGUGAAAACAAAGGCUUUUGUUUUUCUUAGCACCUUCCCCCUUUUUUACCACCUUCUCAUCUAAUUGAACUGCAUCCAAUGUAAUGGUUUCUUACUAUACAACACAAAUUGAAGUGAUUAUUUCAUAUUUAACAGUAACACUAGAAUACAACACAAGACUCAUUCUGAAUGCGCCACACACUUAUUCAAGCUUCUGUUGCUGAUAAUCGGUGCUUUUAUAAUUUGGGAGAGUUAAAGAUGCCGUAAUUGCAAGGAACAAGGCAACAUUCUUAUUUUUUUUCCUUUGCCAUUGGUCUUCAUAUGUUAGUAUUUAUUUAUUUGAAAUACCUAAAGUAGUAAUUGUUCAUUGCCAUUCAUGCCUUCAUUUUUAGUUGCUGUAACUUUAUACUUUAAAAAGUUCAGAUUUCUGUGUAAAUGUUUACACUCUUUCAGUUCUUUGUAUAAAAAUUUUAAAAUGCCUUAAAGGAACCAAACCUGGAAAGGAUACCCAAUCCAUCACGUGGUGAAAUACUUGUUCAACCUCCAAAAUAACAGUUUUGUUUAUGGCUAAGAUCUUCCUCCCUUAAUUAUUUAUUUUUUAUAUGUACAGUAUUAUAUUUUUACUAUUUAUAUA